AUGGACGCGUCUGGAUUGAUUUUGAAUCUCGUGCAGAAAGCCACGAUCAAGACAGAAACGAACGAGAAAUGCCCGAUCAACAACGAGCUCGUUACCAACGACGAGGAGGUUCCGUCUACUGAUCAACGGACGCCCAUCGCCAGGCCUUAUCCUCGCAAUUUACUCGAAAAAUCGUGCGACGAUUGCCAGCCGGACGGAUCAGAGAGUACGAUAUUCAAAGUGUCUUUGAGAAAGGCUGACGAAGAUCCUGAAGCUGAGAAGGAAAAUAGUUCGAGGAAAAGGAUCCGCACGGAGCCGAUUUCCAGCGAUCGGGAAAAGUGCGGCGAACAAGAGAAGAUUUUCGUGUUGCGGCAGCUAGGUCGAUCGCAGAUACGAUCAGAUGGAUUUCCAGCGUUUCUGUGCAUCGAUGGUCGAAUCGCAGAUGGGAACGAUGCUAAACGAAAAAUUCCGAGGCCGGCGAACGCGUUCAUGCUGUUCGCCAACGAAUGGCGGAAGAAGCUCGCCGCCGAGAAUCCUCGGGAGUCAAACAAGGACAUUAGCGUGAGGCUGGGAAUCCUUUGGAAGAACAUGACGAAGGACGUGAAGGAGAAAUACUUCGCCCUCGCUCGGGAAGUGGACGCGGAACACAAGAGGAAGUAUCCCGUGACAUCCCUAGACACUAACCAUCAGAAGCUAUCCUCUGGCACUGUUGUCCUGCGGCCAUAUCAUCUUUAA